GUAGUUCUCCAGCGAAGUAUUCAUUGUCUUAAAAGAGAGUAGCUUUUGGUGAGAAAACAGGUGAAGAUCAGCUGGUUUCCCAGAAGAGCAAUCGUGUUGGGCUGGUGCAGGAACUGAAAGACCUCUGAAAGAUGCUACGUCUGCGCUGCAAAGCCAGGAAUGGGACUCACCUGAUGCAGGGCCUGACUCACCAGUCCUGCGUGCAGGAGCUUAAAAACAAGGUGGAGGAGCUGACGGGCAUCCCCUGCGAUGUGCAGAAGAUCAUGGUGGGCUACCCGCCCUCCAGCCUGGACCUUAGCAGUGGAGGUGCCCUCAAGGACUACCCUAUCAAGUCAGGUGACACGCUCAUUGUGGAGGAGGAGAGGAGCAAGCCUGAGCCCCAGGCCAAAGAAGCUGUGACCAAGGAUCGGGCGCCGACAGGGCCACGGCUGGAGUCCGCUCCAGUGCUGGCGCGGCGGGUGGUCCCGGCCGACAACUCCUGCCUCUUCACCAGCGUCUUCUACGUGGUGGAGGGCGGCGUGUACGACCCGGCCUGCGCCCCCGAGAUGAGGGGCCUCAUCGCCCAGAUCGUGGCCAGUGACCCGGCCUCGUACUCGGAGGCCGUGCUGGGCAAGAGCAACGAGGACUACUGCGCCUGGAUCCGGCGCGACGACACCUGGGGCGGCGCCAUCGAGGUCUCCAUCCUCUCCAAGUUCUACCAGUGCGAGAUCUGCGUGGUGGACACGCAGACAGUGCGCGUGGACCGCUUCGGCGAGGACGCCGGCUACCGCAAGCGCGUGCUGCUCAUCUACGACGGCAUCCACUACGACCCGCUGCAGAGGGAGGUGCCCGGCUCGGACUCGCCGCCCCAGACCAUCUUCUCCACCGCCGACGACAUCAUCCUGGGCCAGGCGCUGGAGCUGGCGGACGAGGCGCGGCGCAAGCGGCAGUUCACGGACGUCAACCGCUUCGCGCUGCGCUGCAUGGUGUGCCAGACAGGCCUGGUGGGGCAGGCCGAGGCUCGCGAGCACGCCAAGGAGACGGGCCACACCAACUUCGGAGAGGUGUGAGGCCCCCGCUUGCAAGGUCACCCCCCCCGUGCCCUCUACACGCACUCACAUGUGCCCGUUAUAUCCACACACACACACACACAUAAAACAUACA